CAGCCGGCGAGGUGAGGGAGGACCAGAUGGUGGGGGACGACCCCUACAACCCCUACAAGGUGUACAACUACUACUACAGACCCAGGACCAGGACCGGGACCAGGACCCCACAGUGGCACAGAAGCAGGUACCACCACAGAGGUCUUCCUGACCUGGUUCCUGACGCAGACCACAUCCAGGUGGGCUCCUACGUCCAGAGACUUGCUAUGUACAACCUACUCUGUGCAGCCCAGGAGAACUGCCUGGCCUCCUCCGCCUCCUCUGCACAGCAGUACGACAGCAGGGUUCUCCUGAGGUUCCCUCAGCGCGUGAAGAACCAAGGCACGGCCGACUUCCUGCCCAGCAGACCUCACCACGCCUGGGAGUGGCACAGCUGCCACAAUCACUUCCACAGCAUGGAGGAGAUGAGUGUGUACGAGCUGCUACAUGCUAACACCCUACAGGCGGUGGCUGAAGGACACAAAGCUAGCUUCUGUCUGGAGGACACUUCCUGUGAUGAUGGCUACUACCGCCGCUACGCCUGUACCUCACACACACAGGGUUUGAGUCCUGGUUGCUACGACACCUACAACGCUGACAUCGACUGUCAGUGGAUCGACAUCACAGACGUUUCUCCUGGGAAAUACAUCCUGAAAGUGACCGUCAACCCAAAGCGGAACGUUCUGGAAUCCAACUUUGCCAACAACGUGGUGCGCUGUGACGUCCACUACACAGGACGUGCUGCUCACCUGUCAGGGUGCCAGACCAGCUCCUGAGGACCAGGUCUUGUGUCCGAGUCCUGGUCCUGCAAAGACUUGCUGCCUCCCACACGUGACACUAAUCAACUUUAGUUUGGAAAGAUGCUUCUUGUUGUCAGUGACGUGUGCAGUACCG